GUGUAGCUCAGAUUCGGCCCGAUAGGGGGCGCGGGAGGAUCGUUUGCCAUUUUGUCGUCGUUUCUUACCGAGGAAGAAGAACUGGUGGGAAAUUUGACAUUGCGGGAAAGUUUGUUAACAGCAAGAAGGCUGUAGUUUUACAAUUAUAAAUACCUAAAUAACAUGGACCGCUAUGUUUUGGUUAUAUCCUUUUGUCAAAGUGAUGACCACUCGACGGACGAUCAUAAAUGUGUGGAGCCACUAAAUAGUAUCUAUAAAAGACUGUUGGAGAUCUCAGCUCAGGAGUCAGGAAAAAGGAUAUCCGAGUUUCCAGCUUGUUCUCUUAGUAGCAGCCCAACAACUCCAAGGUGGUACUUUGCUGUUCAGGUGUGCCGAGGAGCAACGCAAUUUUGCAGCUCUGAUUGGGAAGAGUUGGGAACAAACCACCAGAAAACAGAGUCUGAGGAGGAGAGCCUUACUACACCUGAGGAAUGUCUGACCUCUCUGAGUAACCAAGAGGUAGCAGACCAAAAAGAUGACCAGCCAGCACUGGCAGAGUUGUUAGUAGAGGCUGCAGACGGACUUCAUCAGCUGACAGACCAGCUGCCUCCACCAGGAAAAGCCUUGCUGGAUGUUCUGCUUCUGACCUGGGCUGAGAAGUCCCCUUCAGUUAAAGACCUGCUGUCUCUGCUGGGAGCCCUGAAACACAUGGCCUGCUGGCAUGCUGCAAAGAUCAAUAUUGUCACACAGAACAUUAAUGGGUGGGAGAAGGUAGCAUCCUGUCUGAACGCUGGUCUGAUCGAGUCUGCCGACCCGCUCAACUGGAUCGACCAUAGGGAACUGUGGAGGGGAGGCCUGGUUAUCAGAGAAAAGAAGUAUGAAUCAGAGCUUCGCUUUGAUGGCUUUUCCCUGCGUGCUCCGGUGAAUCAGAUAUCAGACUCUGGUCUCUUCCAAGCUCCUACCACAGAUCACAAACUAAACUCUGAGGUCUUCCAUUACUACGCUCCAGUUUUGGACUUGGUUCAGCUGGUUGAUCUUUCAGACCUGCCUGCCUUUCUGAUGUCCAACACUCAGUUUGAGUUAGGCCUGUCUGGGAAGUCACUCAGACCUCAGCUUCUCUUGGACCAGCUAAGGGCUCUUCGUGGAAAGGUUGGAGCUUUGUUCAGCCUGUCUUGUAUUAUUACUCCCAUCGCCCAGCCUCCACCCAGCCAGCUAAGCUCCCAGCACUGGAAAGAGUGUUUAUCCUGCACACCAAAGUCCUUUCUUGUGCCUGAUGUUGAGGUCAAAGGUGAGAGUGCUGUCUACUUCCUGUUGGUCCAGGGAACAGAUGAUGUUGGCUCUCGUACCUGCAGGGUCAGGAUGAUGCAUUCAUACAGUCAACUCAAUGGAGCUGCUGCUAUGGCAACUAUCUCUAGCUUGCUAAGGGAGAAGCCUCUUUCAUCAGGAGAAGGCGACGGCAACUUCCUCCAUCCUCCGGCGUGUCUCCAGGGAGAUUCCCUAAUGAAGAGGGAAAGAAAGGUGGCCCAGGUUCAGGCAAUGGUUCUCAAAGAAUGUCUUAGGCAGAGCGAAGAAGUUUCAGCCUCGUGUUCGGUGCCCGUCAGUGACUUGAAGGCCAUUUUGAAUCUUGCCAGGGAGCAGUACCUAAAGAUGUUUGACUCCGCUCUUCAAACCGCUGCCAAAUGUCUGACAAAUGAGCAGCCUGCAGAACGUACAGAGUUAAAGGCUGUUUCCCAACAACCAUCCGACUGGCCUGAGAGAACCGUCCUCCACAACAUAGAAAACCUGCAGAGAAGACGACAGAGGAAGAGGCUUGGUCUGCUAGGCCCAGGCUCCAGUGAAAGCCUGUUGGGUCCCAAAGACAACCAGAGGGGUUCAUCUGCUUUACUAGAUGCCAAAGAACUUCGAAAGCACUUUACAUCUGAUGGCUGGCCUAGCGGGGAUUUACAACCCCUGGCUAUCAGCAGAGGUAACAACAUGUUUCAGUUGUCACCAGACCUCUCUCCCAGGAGGAUCAGCAGGAUGCCCUUCAGCAAAGCCUCGUCAGCCCAUUACCAUGGCAUAGAAUUCUGCCUGGAUAACCAGCGAUCCUUGGACCGAGACCAGGCCUUUCUGAGGCUCCAGUCCCGUCUGCUUCGCUAUGAGACCCAGACGACCUGCUCCAAGGAGCCCUAUGCUCUCCCCUUUGCCCUCAGCCCUGCCCCCUCACCUGCUGUUAUGUCAGAACCAGGAAGUGUUCCUGAUGGAGAGACCCUGCAGAACAAUGACGUAGCGCAGCUGAAACGCAGGUCCUGGGACACUGACGUAAUGGGAGGUUGUCCUCGCAAGAGGCUGGUGACAUCAGAGAGCAGUGACUCGCUGUGUUCGCAGAGCAGUGGCAGCAGCGGUACACACCCAGCUAUAAGGUCCCUUCGGCACCAAGCAAACAGAUCCCUGUCCGCCUCAUCCUGUAUGAGCUCCUCAGCAACAAGACGGCCUUCAGGUUUAGCGACUCUGCCAUGUCCUGAGAGACUUAAACCCCAACAGCAGAAGGUCAGUCAGGGACAACCUGAAGACAAACCUACCAAAGAGUCCCGCUCCCAGAAACACAACAGGAUGCUGCAGGAGAUUGUAGCUAAAACGCUAAAACACCAUGGGAUCACUGCCGAGCAUGAGUGCUUUGAGGCCUGCAGCAAAAGAUUGUUUGAUAUCUCCAAGUUCUACCUCAAGGAUCUGAAGACAUCUCGGGGCCUGCAUGAUGAAAUGAAAAAAGCAGCCAGUAGUAACGUUAAACAGGUUGUUGACUGGGUCCUGGAGAAAAGCUCAAAGAAAGGGAGGUGAUCAUCAAUAACAGGUGCGACGUGGACGUUUUAAUUGAUGUUUGUUGAGGAUUGACCUCAGUGAGCACCUUUUGUUAUAUUUUAACCCAUAUAUGAUAGUGAUUGAUGUUUUAAACGUUUGAUUGGUUUUAAAUUGUUAGAUUAAGCUCAUUUAAUUAACUUUAUCCUUUAUAUUAUUUUCUUGGCUUUUUCUUUUCCAAGAAACUUUUAAAACAAAGCUAGCAUUUUAAAUGUAUGUUUGUAGAGUUGUGUUUAAACCUACUCAAAUCCCCUUAUGGCUCCAAAACUUGAAGAACAAAAAACAAGGUUAAACCGGACAGAACCUCCCUGCUCAGGUUGGUAAGAAGCCUCUGGGGGGAGUUAUUUUAUUUCUACAUUUAUAUCGUCUAUGCUUGUUUGCUGUUUUCCGUUAUUUUAUUCUCAAAUUUAACUUUGUCUCUAAACACAUUGAUAAUUUUGUAGCUUCAUGUAUGUACAUAUUUCAUAUUUGUUUUAUACAAUAAAUGUAUUUCAACUUG